GAAUGUUCUGGAGGAUGUCCAGUCUGGGGGGGCUGCUUGUCCUUCUGUGGCUUCAGUGGGAGGUGGUGACAGAUCUGGACAAGAGUCACCACUGCCGUACCAGUUGAUAAAGUGGCAGCCUGUGGUGGGGAGAGAGGGCUGAGGACAACAACAUCUGCCCCAGCCUCUCAGGAAACACCAGUGCCACUAGGCACAGAAGCACCCACUCCUGCUCUCUUAUCCUGGUCUGUGAGGUUCCUGUCUUUCUCUGGCCAAUUCCACCAUCAUCCACCCCGCCCUUUGAGGAGGCAGACACCCCACUGUGGACACCUGGUCCUCUGCCCUCUGUAACUGUGUGCGUGAACAUCUUUGUGCUGGGUCUGUGUCGUGGGGAUGACUGACCCUAAGGAAUCAGAUAACCUUCAGUCCUCUGGGAGGAUCCUCAAAACCAAAACCAUCUUGAGGAACAAAAUUCACAGUACAAUAUUGAAGAAGGCAGAAAACUUUGAGAUACUGACCCCAGGUUCCAGCUACUGGACAUCUAAGCGAGAAGGCCAGGUGCAGCUGCGCAUGGGCAAGGACCCACUGGAGAACGAGCCUCCGGUCACAGUUCCCGACUUGAUCAUGAGCGCGGCCACUAAGUACUCGCACUACCUGGCGAUCGGCUCCAAGUACAAGAAAAGCUGGCAACUGCUCACCUACAUCGAGUACUACGAGGCCUGCCGGCGCGCUGCCAAGGCCUUCCUCAAGGUGGGUCUGGAACGCUUCCAUGGUGUGGGUAUCAUGGGCAUCAAUUCCUCGGAGUGGGUGAUUGCCAGCAUUGGAGCUAUCAUGGCAGGUGGCAUCUCUGUGGGCAUCUUGAGCAGCAUCUCCCCCAAAGCCUGCCAAGUCAUCGCUGAGACCGCAGAAAUGGACAUCUUUGUGGUGGAUAAUGACAGACAGCUGCAAAAGAUUAACCAGAUCCAGGGCUACUUGAAGCAUCUCAAGGCCAUCAUACAGUACAGAGAAGAUAUCCAGGAAGUGCAGCCAAAUCUAUACUCGUGGAAAGGCUUCUUGGACCUCGCGGAUGGCAUCUCGGAUGAAAAACUGGACAAAAUCAUCGACACACUGAAGCCCAAUCAGUGCUGUGCUUUGGUAUAUAACCAGGGUACCACAGGGCCCUCGAAGGCCAUAAUGCUGAGCCAUGACAACAUCACAUGGACCACAGCAGCCACCGUUCAAAGCCUUGGGUUCAAGUGUCCACCUCAAGGUCAGGAGAUCCUCGUGAGUUACCUGCCACUUUGCUUCCCUGGAAUACAGAUCUUGGACGUUUGGGUGGCCAUUUCCGUGGCUGGGACAGUCUAUUUCCCCUCGAUAGACUCAGGGAAGUGGAGUGGGCUGCCACGAACCCCCGGCACGGGCUUCCUGAUGGAGCUGCUCCGCGAGGUCCAGCCCACCACGUUCUGCGGCAUUCCGUGGGUGUGGGACCGCAUGCUGGACAGUCUGAAGACCAAAUUCCUGGACUCCACCGCCUUCCGCAGAAGGAUCGACCGUUGGGCCAUGCGCAUGGGCCUCCACACCAACAAGAAGCUGAUGAUGGGGGAGAUCCACCAGCCGCUGUGCUUCGGCCUGGCCAAGAGAUUGACCUUCGAGCCUGCCAGGAAGUUCCUGGGUCUCAACCACUGCCAGCAGUUUCUAAACAUGGGCAUGGGGCUGCCGAGUGGCACGCUGGAUUUCUUCCUCAGCGUAAACAUCCCUAUCAUGGAGUUGUACGGCUUGUCGGAGUGCACGGGGCUACACACAGUGUCCAACCUGCAGGCUUACCGGAUACUGAGCUCUGGGAAAGCGCUUCCCCAAACCCACACAAAGGUGGAAAAGGAGCACAAGGAUGGGAUCGGGAACUUGUGUAUCUGGGGCCGCCACGUAUUCAUGGGGUACCUCAGAGACAAGCAAAGCACAGAGAGGAAGGUGGACAACCACGGCUGGCUACACACGAACGACUUGGGCUUCUUGGAUUUCGACAAGUUCCUCUAUGUCUUGGGGAACAAUAACGAUUUGAUCAAGCUGAGCUCGGGGGAAACGGUCAACCCGUAUCCCAUCGAGGAGCGGGUGAGGACGCGAAUCCCCAUCGUCCGCUAUGCCAUGCUGGUGGGCCAGGACGCCCCGUAUCUGUGCGCCCUCCUCACAUUGAAGUGUCAGAUAAAUCCAGAGACUGGAGAGGCUCGGAGUAACCUGACCAGUGAGGUCGUCGAUUGCUGUCGGAAGCUUCGAAGCCAGUCCACCUGGUUGUCAGACGUCCUAUAUGACCGUGACCCUUUGGUCACAGAGUUCAUUAACCAGGGCAUUCAGGAUGUGAAUUCGGAGGCGCCCUCAAUGGGUGCCAAGAUCAUUAAGUGGGUCAUUCUAGACAACGAUUUCUCUGUGGACGGAGGGGAGCUUGGACCCAUGAGCAAGAUGAACAGGUCCAUUGUGGUCAAGAUAUACCAAGAGGAAAUCCAGAAACUCUAUGAGACUUCGACCUCCUAGGAACCCCAUUCACCCCAAUCUUCGCUCAAGUGCUGGCACUUCGUCUCCUUCAUCCUGUUUAUCGGGGGACAAUUUCUACAGUGGAGGGAGGACUCCCUGAGAGGGUCCUGGAUGGAAAGGCAUAUCCCGCCCUCCAGAGUUGGUAUUUGAAUUGUAAAGAAAUUAAAUGUGUUCACUAAAGUGAU